AUGAAUGAAAUGAAUACAAGUGUUACAAGUUCAAUAACAUCUGGCAUGUUGCUUGAUAAUAUUCAAAAUUAUACUAAUACAAUGACAAAUGCAUCAAAUGAAAUAUCUGAAACAUAUAUGAAUUCUACAGAAGAAAAUGAAAAUAUUCAAUUAUGGAAUGUUUCUAAGGCCGUAACGUCAUUGCCCAAUAAUACAGUAAUUUCCUUUGAAGCUUCAAGUACCAAUAUAUAUGUAUCUACAACAACAGAAAUUUUUGAUGAAUUUGGACCUCCAGAUGGAAUAGAAUACAUUUUUGUACCACUUGGUGUAGUGGUCUUUGUUAUUAUAUUAUCAGCUGUGGUAUGGGUAAUAAUUAUAUCAAGGAAAAGAAAAUUGGAACGUUUAAGACAUAGACUCAUGCCAAUGUAUAAUUUUGAUCCUGGUGAAGAAGAAGAAGAUGAUUGGGAAACUGAAUUAUUAGAAGAAUGUUACAAUAAUCAUCAAAGACGUCAAGGAUAUCAAUCUAUGGAUACAGAAGAAAAUGCUGAACUAUUUGGAAAUCAUUGACAAAACAUUUGUAAUAGUUUAAAAACUUUGUAUUACUUAUUACUAAUUGUCUUAGAUUAAAAAUCACAUUUAGUA